AUGUAUGCAGCAGCAGCCCCAGCACAGACCGGCGGCCUGCGCAUCCACUUCCGCGGCAUGUCUGCUGCUGCUGCUACGACAGGAAGAGCAGCAGCAGCAGCAGCAGCAGAAGGAGGAGAGUGGCAGGGGAACUGCUGCCCGUCGCUGCUGCGGCUGCUGCAGGGGCAGUGCUGCGACCCCCGUCUAUGUAGACGUUUCUUAGGCUUUCAUCCUCGUGUUGCUGCAGUGCAGCGGGCGAUAUUUGCUGCUGUGCUGCACCUACUAGGCUAUGAAGAUACAGCUGCUGCUGCUGCUGCUGCUCCUGCUGCUCCUGCUGCUGCUGCUGCUGGUGAGGCGGGGGGGAGUGGACCUGCAGCAGGAGAGAUUGAGGAGCAGCAAGAGGCUAUCAUAAGAGUUGCUGCUGCUGCAGCACAGCGAGCUGUUAUACAGCUGCUGGCUGCGUGGCAGCGGAAGCGAGCAGAGAAGGGAGCAGCAAAAGAAGCAGAGAAAGAAAAGAAGGAGAAAGAAAAGGAGACAGAAAAGGAGACAGAAAAGGAGACAGAAAAAGAACCCCUCGCCCUAUCAGACUCAGACGAGUCUUGCUGCGGCGACGCCAGCAGCAGCAGCAGCUGGCCUGCGAGCCCAGCUCACCAGCCUGAAACCCCCCAACCCCUCGCCCUAUCAGACUCAGACGAGUCUUGCUGCGGCGACGCCAGCAGCAGCAGCAGCUGGCCUGCUAGCCCAGCGCACCAGCCUGAAACCCCCCAACAGCAGCAGCAGCAGCAGCAGCAGCAGCAGCAGCAGCAGGAGGAGCAGCUGCCACCUAGCCGAGCAGAUGAAGCAAGAGAGAUAGUUGAACGCUGCAGGUGGCUGCUGCUGUGCUGCCCCCGGGGCCUCGCGGGCCCCGAGGGGCGGCUGCUGCUAUCCAGGCGCCGCGGCAGACAUCUCCUUUGCUGCGGCUCUGGGGGCCCCCACAGCAGCAAAGAUGCUGCAGCAGAUGCGAUGCUACGCACUGUCUCCUGUCCCUCGGUUGUGGGGCGGAGAGGGAGGGGCUGGGGCUCAGCCGCAGCAGCAGGUGCAGCAGCAGAACGAACCCAGCAACAGCAGCAGCAGCAGCAGCAGCAGCAGCGGGAGUCGAGCGGCGUGCGUCGUGUGGGAUCGAACACAUACAACAGCACGCAGCAACAGCAGCAGCAACAGCAGCAGCAACAGCAGCAGCAGCAGGCACCGCGUCUCCGCUUCCUGCCUGCGGACCGGCCCGAGGGGCCCCCAAGGGACGUGGGGGCCCCCCGCUGCGGCGCAUCCCCCCUGAAAGGAGACAGCAGAGAAGAAGGAGACAGCAGAGAAGGAGACAGGAGAGACUCAGCCGCAGCAGCAGGUGCAGCAGCAGAACGAACCCAGCAACAGCAGCAGCAGCAGCAGCAGCAGCGGGAGUCGAGCGGCGUGCGUCGUGUGGGGUCGAACGCAUACAACAGCACGCAGCAACAGCAACAGCAACAGCAGCAGCAGCAGCAGCAGCAGCAGGCACCCCGUCUCCGCUUCAUGCCUGGGGACCGGCCCGAGGGGCCCCCAAGGGACGAACAGAAGGGGCCCCCAGGCCUGGGGGCCCCUCAGCUUGCGUGCUGCUGCGGGGCGUUCUCGCUGGGGGCAUCUAGGGAGGGUUCAGGGUGUGGGUGGCAGCAGCAGCAGCAGCAUCAGCAGCAGCAACAGAUGCUGCAGCAGCAGCAGCUGCUGCUGCUGCUGCGGCUGCAGGUCAAGGUCCUGCAGCAGCAGCAGCAGCUUCUGCUGCUGCAGCAGGUCGUCGACGCCGUCGCCGCAGCAGCAGCAGCAGCAGCAGCAGCAGCAGUGGCUCUGCUGCUGCAGCAGGUCGUCGACGCCGUCGCCGCAGCAGCAGCAGCAGCAGCAGCAGCAGCAGUGGUGAUACUCCUGCUGCAGCAGCAGCAGCAGCAGCAGCAGCAGCAGCAGCAGCAAACUCUCUCCUCGAUCCAGACGCUCCUCCACCCCACAGCAGCUCGCAUGAGGGGCUCUUACCCCUUGCUGCUGCAGCACAUCGUCUGCUGCCAGCAGAUACUGCAACAGAUGACGGCGUGGGUGCAGCAGCAGCAGCAAACGGCUGCAGCAGCAGCUGCAGCAGCAGCAGCUGCAGCAGCGCGAGAGAAGGCCUCGGUGCCCUGGUUGACUCUUCAGGUUUACAGCAGCAAAUACAGCAGCAGCAGCAACAGCAGCAGCAGCAGCAGCAGCAGCAGCAGAUGGUUGUUCGUAGCAGCAAGAGAUUUGAUACAGCCCCACCGCUUGCAUGCAUGCGCAGGGGGGUGUUGGCUGAGGGGGGUGCUCCCUCAGCCCCCUCUGUAG